AUGGAUGUGAUCAAGUCUGGCAACAUCGAUAUAUUCAAUGAGCUUGCCAAUCAAUCACCGCUCAUCAAUCAUCAUCUACUGCUUGACGCCAUCGACUAUCAAAGAUUGCCCAUGUUGGUGAUGUUCUUGCGCGAAGGAUUGCUCUCCAACACAUUCAUGAUGACCCAGUCCAAGGACAUUGCACGACGUCUAUACUCAACUCGCUCAUCGGUCAUGAUCAGAGCAGUGUUGGCACCCAACUUCCUGCCGUCCGUCGAGCUGGCCAACAUCAUCAGAUCUCAUGCCGAUAAAUCAAUCUUUGAACUCUUGAUGACCGAGGAUCAGGCACUUAUCGAUGAACUACUACCACUGCCAUCAUUUAAUCUCAAAUACAAUUCAAAUGACCAACUAUUGAUCAAUGCAUCAGCGGAGAGACAAUGGGCACAUAUCCAACGAAUGAUGACCUAUGGAAUCUUUCCAUUUUACCAACCUGAUGACUUCCAACUCAAAGCGGACUUAGCCAUAGGACAAUCAAUUGAACAUAUCAAGUCAUUGUCAACAACAACAUCACAUCAUGAUGUCAUGGAUGAUGGCCAGAGACUGCUGUACAUGAGGCUUGUGAUGGCUUUGGAGAAUUAUGGUGGUAGUGCAAUGGACGACACCUUGGGCCAAUACAUCUCAACGGGUGACAUCACACUCAUACCUGCAUUCAUGACAGUAUUGGAAAGGAAGAGAUACAUGGUGUUCAAUCAAAUUGUUCAAUGUGGUACAUUGGAUCAGGCCAGGUUGGCGAUGGGAUUCAUCAGUCCAUCCGAUCAAUCAUCAUCGCCAACAAACUUUGAUUGUGACAAGCUGAUCAAACAUUUCACGAGUCCACAUACCAACGUCGAUAGACUUGGCAUACUGAUGUAUCUCAAUAGUAAUGGAGUUGUCCUGACCGAGUCACAAUUCUCUCCCAGUAUCAUCUAUGAUGGACCAUUGGAUACACUCACAUUCAUUCUAUCGGACAACAACAAGAUUAUACCAAGACUACCUGGUCAUUGGAUGUUCAUCGACUCUACUCACUUUGAGUUGGCACUCAACAAUAGACCCGAUAUGAUCUAUGUCGACAAACAAGAGAGAUUGGCCAUCAAGUUUGGAAACAUGGCAAUUGAGCAACGUCGUGUUCAAGUGGAUAUGUUCAAAUACCUCAUUGAUCAUAUUAGGGGCGAGGUCUUUGAUGGUGGACUUUGGAACAUGCUUGGAAAGAUUGGCGAUGUCGAGUUGGUGGAGUUGGCCAUCAUCAAGCUCAAUCCAGAUCAAUAUCGAUGCAACCUAUUGAUGUGUGGCGCGAUCAUUCAAGAUCAGGUCGAUCUUGUCAGACACAUGUGCGCACAUCAUUCCAACAUUGUCCGCAAUGUUGACAACAUCGUUCAACAUUCAACAGCACUCAAUGUUGGAGAUACUGAAGUGAUGGACAUCAUAUUCAAACAGGAUCCAAUCAUCAUUGACUGGGAGUACUUUGAGAACAAUGGUGGUGGUGAAGAUGGUGAGAGGAUGGUUGAACUCGUGUACAUCGACGGUCUAAAGGCACCAUCACGUAUCCUCGAUCUUUUAAGGAAUGUGAUGAUGAUGGUCAAACAUUGA